AGGAUGUCUGUUGAAGCUGGGAAAGUUAUUAAAAUUUACACAGCAUGAUUUUUUAGUUGAACAACAUAGAAUUUUGUGUGUAUUAAUCACUAUGUGUUUGAUGGGAAUUUUCUCUGCUAGUGCCUAAACACACAAAGAAUAUCAACAGAUAACUUGUAUUUUCUAUAGAUUGUUUUUUUGUUUGUUUGUUUGGAAGUAGAAAGUGAUUGUAUCGUUUAUGUAUGUAAACUGUGUAUUUAAUAGGAUUUUUAGCUGAAAGAAUUUGAAAGUCAUCAUUAGGAAUGGCCACCUUAUAACAUGAUAACUGGAUUUAAUUAUGGAUAGUACAUUGUGACAUGUUGUAAUACAAAGGAAUUCUUACAAUGAGGUUAAAAAUGUUCUUUAGCAAUGUUUAGGAAUUUACAAAUCAAAACCUUGCAAUAAGUGAAAAUGGCAGCUAAUGCAACAGAAAGUGACAUAAGUUCACUAACUAGUACAAAAUCUGUGUUUCAUGGAGAUGUUAUCAGGUCAACAGCCUCAUUUUCAUCAGAAUUGUCAUCAUCACAGCAUUCUUCAACAGCAUUACUUUCAGGGUCGUCAGCAACACUACAUAAUGAUGUCCCAUCCACGUCUACUCUACAAGAUUCAUUAGCAUCGAGUCAUAGUGCCUUCUCCACCGUUCAUCAUGCCAGUUCACAGUCAGUAUCAUCAACAUCUCAACCACUAUCAACCUCAGCCACACCACCUUUGACCUCUGUCAAAGAACCGUAUGAAACAUCAAACUACAAAAUUUCUAGUCAUUCAUCAAGCCCUGUGAAAUCAAGUGGAAUAGAUUCCGUGCAAUUGACAUCAAACAUUUCACCGUCAUCAUCAGUUGUUUAUCCUAGUUCUUCAUAUAUUCCCCCAGUCUUGCCAAUAACUACAGCUGCCACCAAUGGUAGUGUUUCAUCCACUCCAUCAUCUUUAACAGAUAACUUGACAUUAAUCCUUGGAAUGUCUUUAUGUGGAGUUGGUUUACUGAUUCUUUUAAUCAUAGUUUUGUUUGUCUGUUGCAAGAAAAGAUCAACCACAAAGCAACAAACAGUAGAAACUGUACAGAUUGGAGACCUAUGGGCCAGUAACCGAGGAGAUAUAUCUUAUGCACCAACAUUUGACUCAGUACUAGAUACAGUAUCAGAAUCACCGAAAGUUCAGAACAAAACCAGUAAAGGUUGGUCUGGAAAAAAGAAGUAUAGAAUAGAUGUACUAUACCAUGUACUGUACCCAUACACAGCCCAGGAUGAUAGUCAACUUAAUCUUGACCUUGGUGAUGUUGUGACCUUGGUAGAGAAGAGAGGAAAUGGAUGGUGGAAGGGUAGGAUAAAGGACAAAGAAGGCUGGUUUCCUGGCAGCUAUGUGGAGGAGACUGGUAUAGGAAAAGGUAGAAUAGGAUUGUCAGUGUACACAUCUAACCAUCAUUUACCUAAUGGACACUCUCCAGUCAGUUCCUUUCUAAAGAACCAGGAUCUAACACCAAAACUAGCCAAAUCUACCAUUAACAGAAACAGUGCACCAGUCUUCUCAUUUGAUAAAAAGUCUCUAGGGAAGGAAGUAUCUAUACCAAAGGUACCUACACCUACAUCCUCACCAUAUCAAAGUCCGCCAGCUAGUAAACCUACCUCACCAAGUCAUAUUCCUCAUAGUUAUGGCAAGGUCAUCACAGAAAAUGUAGGAGGAAGACGGUUUUAUGCUUUAUAUAGCCACGAACCAAACUUCUCCAAUGAACUACAAUUAGAUGUGGGAGAUGUUGUUAUUGGUAUUGAGAGAGAUAUGAAUGGUUGGAUGAAAGGAAGGAAGAAAACAUCUGAAGAAAUUGGAAUGUUCCCUGCUAUAUAUGUACAAGAAAUCUCACAGAAUGAAGAGCCAUUGGGGUAUAAAGACAAACAGAGUGUAUAUGAUCAGCUACCAGUGUGUAACAAUGAUCUGAGUACAGCUGAAUACAUUGGAGUGGAGCAUACAGCUGUCUGUCCCUAUGCUGCAGAAAAUGAGACAGAUUUGUCCUUUGACAUUGGUGACACCAUUAUAGUAUGUCAGACAUUAGACAAUGGAUGGUGGUAUGGUUGCUAUGAUGACCAGUUUGGCUGGUUUCCUGGCUCAUAUGUUGAGAUGGCUGCAGAUGAGAUAGAUGGACCAGUUUCAAGGGAUGUAACUCAAGAAGAGGAGAUAACCCAUGAUGAUAUACCAGACAAAAUUGUGAUUCAUGACACACCUUUAGAAACUACAAUUGACAAGGAUAUAGCAGCUUUAUCACCCAUUAAACCGCUUGGUGGUCAUAGAUCUGAGGAUGAAAUCUCUCAAAAAUCUACAGAGUCUCUGGACCAAAAGGCAAAAGUCUCAAAUGGUUUAUCAAAAGACUCUCCUAACAAAAGGAGUAAACUGCCAAAGUCUGUGAGGCCAUCAAGGCCUGCUCCACCUCCCCCUAUUCAACAUCAUUCAACACCUGAAUCAAAAACAAACUUAAUGGAUAAAUUUAAUAAAACUAAGAUAAAUAAUAGUGUAAACAAAAACAAUAGUCAGAUUGGAAAACCAGAAGUGCCAAAAAGAUAUAUAAAGCCAAAAUUACGUAAAGUGCCUAAAAUAAAAACAAAAGCUGGUAAUGAAUCUGAAUUGUGUAGAAGAAAGGUUAGGUCACCACCUCCUCCUCGGCCUGACCCUCCAAAAUUAUUGAAAGAAAAGUAUAUGAUUCGUCAGGAAAAAGCCAACAGUGUUUAUCCAGAUUUAAGAGAUGUUAAUUCUACUCCAAAUGUAUCCCUGACAGAUGUUGAUACUAGUAAUACAAAAUAUGCAAAUGAAACAAGAAACGAAUCACAAAAUAUAAACAAUGAAAGUGCAAUUUUACCAGAUGAUACUCAAAAUGUGACUAGUUUCUUAGAGAAUACUGCAACAACUGACACAAGUAUAGGUAAAAUGUCAGGAUUAACAAGUUUGUCUAGUAGUGUACAAGGGGACAGAACUCAUGAUCAGUCUGAACUGACAAGUGUGUCUGCGAUCAAUAUGUCUGAUAUGAAUGAUUCUAGACAGUUAGUUAACCGACAGAAUUCUAUGGACAAUAGUCAGUCAGACGAAAGAAGUGCUACAAUAGGAAAUCAAAAUGUAAUUUGUGAGCCUUCUGUGGAACAUAGUGCUGCCAAUAAAGUAAUAAAUGGUGAUAUAUUAGAUCAUCAGAAUGCUGGUAAUCAAAAACCUGCUCAAAAAUCUGACAGUCGAUUACCUUGUAAACUGCCUCAACCAAAAUCACAUAGUAUGAGGGAUGACUCUCCAAAACCAACUUUAAUUCCAAAAUCACAAAGUUUGAGAAGUGAUGGACCAAAGCCUCCUCCAGUGGCUCCAAAACCAAAUAAAAAUCACCUUAACUCUCAAUAUGAUGGGGAACCAGGCUAUAGUGAGGUUGGGACCAGUUUGGUAGGUGAAGAUGUAGCAGAUGGCCCAGAUAAAAUCAACUUUUACCAAAGGCCACUGAGCCCAAUUUAUAGUAAAAUAGACAAAAAGUACAUUGUGCCAAAUCAAAAGAACUCUGUGAAUUCAAAAGAUAGGAGUUUUGAUGAUCCUGAGUUGAAUAAUGAACAAAAACUUACAAAUGAGAUUAUUGAUAAUAAAGAAACUGGAAUUGAUAAUCAUAUACAGGAAAAUGGUUUGAAAAAUGCUCAUAUAAUUGACGAUAGUGAUCAAAAGAUGGCUGUUAUUUCUGGAUCAUUGAGUUGUGAUGCUACAGAAAAAAAUUCUAUAUCGGGUCCACAAAAUGUUUCAGAAAACAGACAAUCACAAGACAAUGGUCCCAAAACUUCUUCAAUUCCUGGACCGGCACAUUCAUAUCAGAGAAAUAUUCCAAAAAGAUUGACUAGUCCUGCUGUUAAAAACAAACAAUUACAUGGAAAUACUUCUAUUCCUAAGCCAAACUUUAGUCCAACCUCAAAAACUCAUAUUGAAAAUGUUGAGGAAAAUGAAAACGAAAAUAAAUCAAAACCUGAAAGACCAUCAAGACCACCAAAUGUUGUGAGGCAUAGUAGUAUGACUAGUCCCUCUCCAAGCAGACUGCCAAAAGUCGAAAAAUCAAAAAGCUUGUUAUCAGAUUCACCAAAUAUGAGUAGAAAAUUUCAGAGACAAAAAACUGCCAAAGAUAGCAGUAAAAUUCCAAGUGCUAUACCUAAAAGUCCCAAACAGAAAGCCCCAAAUCCCAUGGGCUCAUCACGAACUGCUUCCAGUCCUUCAAGACUUCCACGGAAAGCUAUGAAUGGAAUAGUUAGUCCCAAGCCAAAGAGACCACCUCCUCCAAAGACUCCUCCAGCUUCACCAGUGACUGACAGCCCAACAGCUAUUACCUUCAGUCCAGAUUACAGCAGUAAUCACAUACAAGAAGAUGGUCACCUACAGAUCAAUGACACAGACAACAGACAAAAUGCAGGAAGUUUACUGAAAAAGGCCAUCACAUCUUACACUGCUCAGAAUGAAGAUGAAUUGUCUUUCCAAGAAGGAAGCUUUAUCCAGGAAAUUAGUCAGGAUGAUGAAAGUGGUAUAUGUGUAGGGAUGUUACCCAAUGGUGACACAGGCUUGUAUCACAGAAGUUUUGUAGAAGAUUCCUGCCAUGAACAACAAAGUGUUGUGUGAAUUACAUUGUAAUAAUAUGUUUAGUCAGUUUUGAUUUAACAACAAAGUGUUGUGUGAAUUACAUUGUAAUAAUAUGUGUUUAGUCAGUAUUGAUCAAAUCAAUCUUGUUAUCACUUUUAUUGUUGGAUAUGAUCUGCUAAUAGUUUUAUUCUUUUCUCAGUUUUUUUUGUUAGAUGAAUCAUUUUAAAUUGGUGCAAAACAGAAAUCCACUUGCUUUAUGUAGUCUUUCAGAUUCAAAUUCUACUCGUUAUUAUGAAUUUCUACAUUCAACAAUUAAAUUACCAUAUAUAAAAAGUAUACAAAUCAUGAUUUCAAUUUUUUUAAAGUAUUCUUUCACAUGGAAUCUUGGCAUCAGUUUUAAAUUUAUCAUGUACAAGGAUGAAAUAUUAUUGGUAGAUUAAAACCUCCAUGAGCUAAUAAUAAAAUCUUUGUUAGAUUUAAACUCACCAUUUACUAUUUAUAGAAUCUUGACUUAGGUUUAAACCUGUCAUGUACAAGGAUGAAAUCUUGAUGUUAACUCUAAACUCUUAGAUAUUGAUGGUAGGUUUAAACCUCUGUGAGCUAAUGAUUUCCACUCUUAGAUAUUGAUUGUAGGAUUUAUUAACCUCCAUGAGAUGAUGAAAUCUUUAGGUUAGAUUUAAACUCACCAUGAACUUUUGGUGGAACCUUGACGUCAGUUAGAAUUCAAUACUUAGAUAUUGAUUGUAAGUUAAAACUCAGCUAGUUAUAUCAUGAAAUAAUGAUAGUAGGUUUCAACUCACAUCAUACUGCAAUGAAUUUAAGUGCUCAUUAUUUUUUGUCCUUAAUACAGUAUCUGCCAUAUACAAUACUUUCAAUGCAAUAUUUAUACUAAGUCAGGUUUUUUGUGCAAUAUUAUAAGUCACAUAACUACAAGUCAACAACAAUUCAGUUGUCAUAUUGUGUUAGUUAUAUUAUUUUUAGUUUUAAUAUUUAAUUUUAUUUAAUAAAAAACAAACAUUUUAUAUUAUGUACUUGUCACAAUUAGUUCUUGUCUCUUGCUUUGUUAUGUUAGAGUAUAGAUUAUUUUUAUUUUAAAGAUUUGUAUUUGUAUAUAUAUAUAUAUUUGAAAGAAUAUGAUGCCAUUACUUUAAGUUAUAUCAGUCAUAAUAUCUUAUCUUUCAGUUUUGUUUUAUGUGCAAUGUUACAAAUUAAUCAAUUUCAAUAAUUAGCUUUGACAUUUCCGAUUGCAAAUUAAAUCAUGUUCUAAAAUUCUCAUUUCUCAUAGAGAAACACACCAAAACCUAUAUUUGAAUUUGAUUUCUAUAAAAAUGUUCAAAUUUUUAUAGAAAAUAUUAAGUUACUUUAGAAUAGCUGACCACAGUGAAAUCAGUGUGUUAAAGACAAAAUGCAAUAUAUUUUUUCUUAGAUUAAGAAAGAAAAAAUGCACAUUAAAUUAUCAAAAACAAGUUGUUCUUCAGGUAUUUUUUUUUAGCAAUUUCCAAAGGGCCAAACUAAAUAGAUUAUGCAAUGUAUAUGUGCCACAAAUUUUAACAAUUCUUAUUUUAAUUGUUUUGUUGAGUGUGUUGAAUUCCGUCAGUAUUGUAAGUUUGAAGUUCUUAAAUUUGAAAAGAAAACCACACCUCAUUCUGUGACACCAUUUCAACAAAAAAUCUUCCAAGGGAAGAUAACUGUUAAUAUUCUCUGUAUAAGAUCAAGAUUAGUAAUGAAAAGACUGUAUUUUCCAUUUAGGAAAGAUGAAAAGGAUCAAUGGAAUUUUUAAACCAAUAUUAUUAAUAAUAUGGUUGUUUAAAAUAAUAUUGGAAGAGUAUAUAGGUAAAACAAUAUAUAUGUGUGUUAAUGGUUACAUCCAUUUUAAAAAAGGAUCAGUUGCAAUGAAAAUUAUCAAAUUUGGUAGUUAUGAUGGAAAUUUAUAUGUGAAGGAUUUGAAUAAAUGUUGACAACUCAGACAUUCAGAAUUAUAAUGAUCAGUCAUUUUGUUAUUUGUCAUCAGCUUUUCAUGAAUGCAUUUAGCCAGUUUCAUGUAAAUACCUAUUAGAUAAUAAAAAUGAUAUUUUGAAAUAUCCUGUUCGACAUAUGUCCUUCCUACAUAUCAAAGUUUUCCCUGAAGUUUCAUUGGACUUGUCAACUUUGAGUUGUACCUGUGUUUUAAACAUCUUGCAAAUAUCAGGAUGAAGACAAUUUACAGUGUAACCUGCUAUAAGUGUCAACAUCUAUUAAGGAUGUACACCUCUGAGGAGCCAAAAAUUUCUAGAAUUAAACUUUUUUUCUUAACCUGAUUUUUGGGUUUAUAUGACUAAAAAAGUUAUUGAUGAAGAAAAAAUCAUAUGGUGGUGCACUACUUUUUUGCUACGGCCAUUUGAAAGUACCCCAUUUAUAUGAUUUUCCCAUUUUUCAUUAAUUUUUACCCAUUUAUGGGCUAUUAUCAUGAAAAAAAAUCCCAGUUUCACAAUUAAACUUUUUUUCAUACUUUCACUAAAGAUGAAGUGGACCAAUCUGAUUAAAUUUAACUUAAAAAAACUAUAGGUAGGUGUUAAUAUAAGAAAGUUUUAUAAAAUUUUGUUGCUUUUUCGUGUCAAAAUAACCAUGCUGUAAAUUUUGUAAAUUUGUGAUUUUUCUCCUUUUUUUUAGAACAAAAAGCAUAUUAUAUCAACUUCUUUGUUAUGAAUGAUUGAAAAAUACAUAUCUAAGAAUUUUGAAAAGAAAAAUUGAUUUGGGAUGUACAUAAUUUUGGUAAAUCAUUUCUUUGUACACUUCACCCAUUUUCUCAAACUUUUGGCUGAUGGCACUGACCCGAUUGCUUAUAAAAAUAGAAAAUGUUAUUACUCAAAAACUACUUAUUGUAAGUACCCAAUUUUUUCACAUAGUUUAGUUUGAUUAAAAUAUUCUUUAAAUUCAUUGAUAUUUUCCACUUGUAUCACAUGGUUUAGAAAUAAUUCCAGAACGAGAUUUCAACGAGACUGAAACAUCAGAAUACAUCCCGAAGUGAAAACCUGACCAUCUACUUAUCCAGGUGUAGUAAUAGAUAUGCAUUUUGAACCUCUACUCAAAGGGCACCUCUCUUUUAACGUCACAUUUUUUUUUUUGGUCCCUAGGAUUAGGAUGAACUUUUCGUACAAGAUGGACUGUUCUUGAUGGUUUUCCAAUUUUCAAGCUAAUAGUAAUCAUCGCUUAUUUUCCUUAGUUCACAAUAAAACUUAGCAUCUAUCGAGUAACCAUAUACACACAUAAUACAUAUGUUUGACUUAUUGAUAAGUUUUCAGCUAUUAGCAAAAAUUUAAAGAUUGAAGUAAAAAUAAUUAAUUUAUCAUCCCAAAUAAACUGUAAGUCAUUGUCUUUACUAAUUUGUGUAUUUAAAAAUCAGAAUAUGAUCUUGAUAGUAGGUAAUCGUCCUUCUUUUUUCAUACUAGAAAAAUAUUGUUAGAGGUAUAUUGCUACCUAACAUUGGAUAAAAUAUACAUUUAUGUUGACUUUUCAGAAAUGGCGUUGAUUUCCAAAGUGCCAUUAAACAUGACUGCCACUGUUCCUGAAAUUAGAAAAGUGGAUAUAAAGAUCAAUAAAAACAUUCUAAAAGUUUCAGUUAAGGACCAAUUAAUAUUCAACUUUUUAGAAAUGAUAAAAAACAGAUAAAGAUAAUUUAGUUAACUUUUAAAAAGAAAGAUUUUUUUUAAUGUUUAUAUUAGAUUAUAUAAAAUUGUCUACAAAUUUCUAUAUUUUAUUAUUUCAAAUACAGUCAGAUUUUUGGAUUUCCUCUUAACAGCAAUACCAACUUAAACAAGACCUAAACUACCACUUGUAUGUGUGGUUUCAAUAUAAUAUCAAAUUUUGAAGCUGGCCUUUUGAGAACAUAAUUUUAAAUCAGUUUAUAUUUUGAGCCGGUAAGAGCUAUAGGCUCCUCAUAGAUAACUACUAUAAAAUCAAAAAUGUUUGCAAUGAUUUUAUAAUAGGAUCAGUUUCACAUAAAUAAAAACACAAUUAUAAAUGAGCUGCAUCGGAUAGAAAUCGACCUUAUACAAAGGAAUAUCAAUUCAUCUGUUAACCUAUUUCAAAUUGAAAAAUCUUUAUGCAAAGUCUGUUACUAUUUGAAAAUAGAGUUGAUAUAAGAACCCUACAAAACAGACCUACAUUAGUCUUUUAUUUCGUAUUUGAAUGUUCCAAAAUCAAUAAAAGUCUGAUACAUGUACAUGUAUACCUGCACUUGCUUAAGGUUGAUUUCUAUCCAACGCAGCUCAAAUUUUGAUAGCAUUAUUUGUAUGCACCUUUUUAGCUCACCGGGGCCCGAAGGGCUCCAUGUGAGCUUAUGCCAUCACUUGGCGUCCGUCGGCUGUCGUCGUCGUCGGCUGUUGUCGUAAACUAUUUCAAAAAUCUUCUCCUCUGAAACUACUGGGCCAAAUACCUUCAAACUUUAACUAAAUGUUCUUUACGGUAUCUUGUUUAUAAAUUGUAUCAGAAGUUUGUAUCGUUCGAUAAACAUGGCCACCAUGGCUAAAAAUAGAACAUAAGGGUCAAAUGCAGUUUUUGGCUUAUAUCUCAAAAACUAAAUCUUUUAGAGCAAAUGUGACAUGAGGUAAAAUUGUUUAAUUGGUCAAGAUCUAUCGGCCCUGAAAUUUUCAGACGAAUCGAACAACCUAUUGUUGGGUUGCUGCCACCGAAUUGGUAGUUUUAACAAAAUUUUGCAGUUUUUUGUUAUUAUUUUGAAUAUUAUUAUAGAUAUAUAUAUAAACUGUAAGCAGCAAUAAUGUUCAGCAAAGUAAGAUCUACAAAAAAGUUAAUAUGACCAAAAUUGUCAAUUGACCCCUUAAGGAGUUAUUGCCCUUUAAAGACAAUUUUACACAAUUUGUUCAUCAAGUUUGCUAACAUUUAAAAAUCUUCUCUGAAAUACAAGUGAGCGAUUCAGGCUCUUGAGAGCCUCUUGUCCUAUUAUCACAAUACUAAAUCUCACAUUCCUUUCUGUUGUUCAACAAUCACAAUGAUAGAGCAGGCAUAAAUUUCUGAAUUUGUAGUAUUUCUAAUGGCGCAUUUACUACAUUUAAUUGAUAAUAAUAUUAGUUGUCAACAAUUCAGCCUUAGUUAAAAAUGAUACUCUUAUCUCUCAAAAUAAUCUAAUAAUUUCACCAAAUGUUUUGCAUUUAUAGUUCAACUACUUGGUGUUAAACUAAACAAUGACAAAGUGAAAAGGAUAGUUACUUAUGUAUUAUUUAAGAUCUGAUUUUCUUGUUGCAUGAUAUAAAUUUCAGUUGGAUUUUUGUCCACAUUUCAUUAAAAUGAGGUCACAAUUUAUGCUCAAAAUAUUAGUUAUGGUGAUUUGUUUCAUAUACAAAUAUGCAAGCAGAAGUUUUUUCUUGCAGUACUUAUGUGUUUACAAAAUAUUUUAGUCUGACUUGUGUCUGUUCAUACUUAUUGCUGACAGAGUUUGCAAAUUUUGUCAGAUUUUAUUUGUCCUUUUUUCCCAUAAUGCAAAUUUUCAGUUAUAGUAUUUAUCUAAAACUUGGAAGACUAUCAUCAUUCUAGCCACACCAUUCCUGAAAAAAUGUCAAAAUAAACCAAAAAACUGUUGUCAGUAAUUUCGGUGUACAACAUUACUGGUUCCUCUGAUCUUAAUGCAAUGAAGUUUUUAUAUGACCCCAAAUUUACGGGAAGGUUUAGUCAUUGUUAUCUUCAUUGUUCUUUAGCAAUGUUUUGUCCCUCAAAAUUACUUUAGAUGUAGUUGAUAAUUCCUUGUUAAAUUUGAACUUUAUGUUCAUUGGCUCUACCCAUUUCUGAAAAAUAGACAAUGGAGAAACAUAAAAGGUACUAUGAAUGUUUUCAUUAUAAAAACCUGUCACUGAAAUGUGUUUAUAUAUUUUCACAUUUACAGAAAAAUUGCAAAAAAAAUGCUCUAUUGCUUUGUAAAUUUUAAUUUUCCAUAUGAUUUCAAUGAUUUUUUCCCUCAGGUUCCUCUAAUGAGCUUAAGAAUGUACAAAGUGGUUUUGUAUAGCUCUUAGUGUUAUAAAGCUUUAAAUGACAAAAGGGACCAACAUUUGCUCUUUUCUUUGGUCCCAAAAUUACCAUGUUUAACUAUUAGUGUUUCAAGCAAAAUGAUUCCCUUUGAUUUACAUGUGGUUAUUUUCCUGUAUCAAUGUUGUGGUUGGUUGUUUAAUGCUGUGCUCAGCAUAGGCUUUUCUUUUUGUUGUAUUCUUAAUAUAAAAAAAGAUCCCUAUAUGUUGUUUUGCAACAAAUUUGACAUUGUUUUUAGUUUCCAAAUUACAAGAGGCCCAGCUGUAGUUAUCCUAAAGAAAUCCUGCUUGCAUUUAUAUAAAAAUCGAUUAAAAGAUGUCUCCUGUGGGAUUAUGAGAAACAACGGGAAGAGGGUUCUUAAAAUUACGUUCCCUUAUAGCCAAAAUGAUGUUUUCUUUUAGAUACAGGUCUGAUUUGUAUGCAUUUUUAUGUGGCAAUUGUUAGCAAAUUUCUUAAGCUCUUUUCAUUUCCAAGGUAUGUUUCCAGUUAAUGUGCACUUGUUUGUUCCCCUUAAUAUUUAAAUGUAAUACCCCCAUUUUAGGAGUGGAACCUAUAUUGUAUAUACCUUGUCAAACUACUAGUAUCUUUUCAUGACAAAUAUUUCCAGCAAACUUUUCUCAUUUACUUCUGAACAGAAUGACUAUAUAUGGUCAGCAGCUUGGCAGUGAUGAGUUGAACCUAUGAGAUUUUUUCUAUCUGUCUGACACCCUCUUCCUGUUUUCCUAUACCUUGAAUUACAAUGCGAGUAUGCUUAACAUGCAAAAGCAUGCCACUUUCUUGUUUUACUUCCCUUGUCAGUAUGGCACAGUCAUAUCAUGUUGCAUCUGGUGAGGCCUUUUAUCCGUCAUUUGUUUUUAUCACAUUUUAAGAUGAAACAUCAAUUUUAAUAAAUAACUGAAUUUGCAAUACCCUCUUUGAUUACAUUAUUUGACAGAUGUAUAUUUUAUGAACAUGUCAAUGUUGCUAAUUCAUUAUCACUAAGCAUUAUUACCUUGUGUCUAUAUAUAUGUAUGCCUUUAUUGUUUAUUUUAGUUCAUUGUUAGAGCCUUCAACUGUUUUAUUAUGGUGCUUUUCAUAGAUUUUAUUUUUAAAUGGAGUUUACAUUAUUAAAGUUCAUAUUGAA